UCACACCACCCGCACUGCUGCCAGGGAGGAAGGUUAGGGACGCAGAGAGGGAGAGCGCUUGCGGGAGAGGGACGCCUGGUUAGGGCUCUGGCGAGGCCACGGCUGCUGAAGGAGGCAGGGAGUGCUUUCCAGGAGCUAAAGUGCAAGACCGACGAGGUCGCGUCCUUUGAGAGCCCCGGUCGCAGUUCACAAGCCUUGGGACGUCGGGAGAGCGGGGAGAGGUCCUCCGGUCUGGCCAGGGAAAAAACAGCGAAGGGAGCCCGGGACCUAGACACCCCCAUCCGCGAGAAAGCAACUGUCUGGAGAGCAGGCAUCUAGACCUGUGGGAAACCAGCCGUCCAAGAAGCUGUGGCUCUCAGGCACCCUAGGGUAAUAUCAGACUACAGGUUCUGAACCCUCAAGGGCUGUCCUUGGCCCAACCCACGGACCUCCAUCCUGACCGGCGGUUUGGGGAACAACUCCGCUGUGACAGGAGGAAUCAGUCAGGGCAAGGUGGUCAAGCACAGCCGUCGGGAGAUCCGGACCGGGACCCGAGUCCGCGGAGAGCCCCGGGCCUCCGCCGCCAUUGCGCCCAAAAGUGAGGAGGAUUUGUUGGCCCUGGCCGCAUCACGGCUGAGCCGCCGCAAGCGGGUGGCGGGAGCGGCCGUCGGGGUGGCCAUGGUGCUGCUGCUGCUGGUAGCCAUCCCGCUACUGGUGCACAGUUCUCGCGGACCAACACACUAUGAGAUGCUGGGUCGAUGUCGCAUGGUGUGUGACCCCCACGCACCCCGAGGCCAAGGCCCCGACGGCGCUCCCGCCUCGGCGCCUCCGUUCCCUCCAGGUGCCAAGGGAGAGGUGGGUCGGCGAGGGAAGGCGGGCCUACGCGGACCACCAGGACCCCCAGGUCCCAGAGGGCCCCCUGGAGAGCCAGGCAGGCCAGGUCCCCCGGGUCCUCCUGGUCCAGGCCCUGGAGGGGCAGCGCCCCCUGCGGGUUAUGUACCCCGAAUUGCUUUCUAUGCGGGUCUUCGGCGGCCUCACGAGGGUUAUGAAGUGUUGCGCUUUGACGACGUGGUGACCAACGUAGGCAACGCUUAUGAGGCAGCCAGUGGCAAGUUCACCUGUCCCAUGCCGGGCGUCUACUUCUUCGCUUACCAUGUGCUCAUGCGCGGUGGCGACGGCACCAGCAUGUGGGCCGACUUGAUGAAGAACGGACAGGUCCGGGCCAGCGCCAUUGCUCAGGAUGCGGAUCAGAAUUACGACUAUGCCAGCAACAGCGUCAUUCUUCACCUAGAUGUGGGUGACGAGGUCUUCAUCAAGCUGGACGGUGGGAAAGUGCAUGGCGGCAACACCAACAAGUACAGCACCUUCUCAGGCUUCAUCAUCUACCCGGACUGAACCCAGCACCUUUCCACACACGCGCAUUUGCCCGCCCUCCUUGCCCCUUUGCUCCAAUCCACACCCACCUCCAGUUAGUCCUACCCAAGGCCCCAACCUCUGAGAGCCCGCGACUCUCCGGCUCCCCAGGCUACCUAAACGGGCGGACUCUUGGGGCUCAAGGGUUUUAAGUGACGGGGGAGUGGAAAGUUGGGAAGGUGGGAUGAAGAGAAGCCACUUAGGGCGGGACCAUCUCGCUUGUGCUCCAAUGAAACCCGGCCGGUCGUGGCCCUCCCUUCCGCCUGGAGCUGGGGAACAGCUUAACUAAAUGAGAUCAAAGACUCACAGGGAGUAAGGGAUGCACUGGCAGUUUGGAAGGGAAAGGACAGAGGAAGGAGCACGUCUAGGAGAGAGGAGACUGUCACAGGUUAGAUACCAGACCUCAGUAGCCACUUUCUUUCCGUUCCCCUCCUGCAUCUCCAUUAUUUCAGGCCCUAGCCAAGACAGCCUUCCCGUGAACUGAAGGAACCAACUACUUCCUUCCUAGUACUUAAAACCCAUUUUGUACAGUACUCAUUUCACCCCUCUCCAGGUUAGGCCCUGCAGCUACUGAUGCUGUUACUUCUUCCAAUAAAG